ACCCGCAAAGCCCUCGCCUCCUCUCCCCCAUGGCUCACGCGUGCGCGUCUCACGUGCGCCGCCUCCUCGCCGGCGCCGCAACUCCGGCGAGAUCCUUCCACUCCCAGCCCUACCAAGCCAAGGUCGGCGUGGUGGAGUUCCUGAACGGGGUCGGGAAGGGGGUGGAGACGCACGCCGCAAAGGUGGAGGAGGCGGUCGGCGGCGACCUCCAGAGGCUCCUCCAGACCCGCACGCUGCGGCUGAAGAAGCUCGGCAUCCCCUGCAAGCAGAGGAAGUUAAUUUUGAGUUUUGCUCACAAGUACCGUCUUGGCCUUUGGAAGCCCCAAGCAGAAGCUAAGAAAGUGCCAUGAAGUUGAUUUGUCUUGAAGUGGACCACUUUGAAAGUUAUUUGCGAUAUCAGGACUUAAAGCAUUUGUCAGAUAUUGAGUAGUUGCAGUUGAAUUUUUAUGCUUUAUAGCAACCCUUGGAUGGAAUCUGAAAACUUAUAUCUUAUGCUUUUAGCACUUUGUUUUCACCUGUCUGAAACGACAAAUCCUACCAAUAAUAGGCCUUCUAGAUUGUUAAGUUAAACCUUUUUAAUAUGUGUUUCGCUAUUUCCUUUGUUGUAAACGUAAAGUACUUAAAAAUUUAUGGUGUUGAGUAUGGAUAGAAAAUAUGCUGGUCAUAUUAUUCAUUUUCCACAUCCACAGUAUGAUCACGCGAACUGCACAUUUUAUGAUAACUCAAAG